CUCCAGAGCCGCAGCCACCAUGGCACCACCUCGCCCCUCCAAAUCCAUGGUGAUAGGCACCAUCUUCGGCAACCGCGGCGGCCACGUCUGGUUCUGCGUCCAACACGACCGCCUCUCUACAAAACCCUCCCUCCUCCUCGAAUUCCCCAUCUCCACCAACGACCUCGUUCGCGAAAUGCGUAACGGCCUUCUCCGCAUCGCACUCGAAUGCAAUCCCCACCGUCCAGACCUCGCCAGGUGUCCCCUCCGCUCCGUUCCGGUCUGGACCGUGUUCUGCAAUGGCCGAAAAAGCGGGUUCGCGGCACGACGCCGCGCCGGGGAGCGCGUCCGGUGUGUUCUCAAGACCAUGCGGUGCGUAACUGUUGGGGCGGGCGUCAUACCAGCAGGAUUCGGGUCGGGUCAACAUUCGGGUAAAGUCUCGAGAUCCGAGGAGCUUAUGUAUAUGAGGGCGAACUUUGAGCACGUGGUUGGGAGCGCCGACUCCGAGUCGUUUCAUCUCAUUAACCCGGACGAGGGACCGGGUCAGGAACUCAGUGUGUUCUUGCUCCGAUCCGGACUCGGCGUGGAUCGUUGAGCUAACUCGGUACGGUAGUGCCAGUUCUUGGAUUCAGCAGAAAAAAAGAAAGAGAAUUUUUUUUCUCCGCUUUCUGGGGUGUAAUUUAUAUAAUUUGGAGUUCUUUUCCAGUACAGAGUUUCAGUAAGAAAAUUUUUCUUCUUUUUCUUUCGGGGUAUAGAAUUGAAAAGAAAACUAUUGGUUUUCUUGACUUUUUGAGUGUGUUGGUUAUUUUCCAUUUUGCUGGAUUUUUUUUAGAUGAGUUGGACUUGUACUCUGUAGUGUGAUUAGUGAGAUCUGGGUGUUGUAUAUUUUUCUUUUCUUUUUGUUGUUUUUUAUUUUUUUAUUUUUUGGGAUAGAGGGUUAGAGUAUGCUAGGUUAUAAUUGUGGUGUUGUUGCCCAUGUGAUUUGUUGAUGGGUUUUUCUAGGACAAA